GCAGACACCUGCUCAUGUCAAAAGGCAACAUGGCACAAGGGAUUCAACUUGAUCAGGCAAAAUUCUGCUGCCCAAUCUGUCUGGAUCUACUGAGGGAUCCGGUGACUAUUCCUUGUGGUCACAGCUACUGCAUGCACUGUAUUAAGGACCACUUAGAUCAAGACGAUCAUCGGAGGAUCUACAGCUGCCCUCAGUGCAGGCAGAUCUUCAACCCGAGGCCUGCUGUGGUGAAAAAUAACAUGUUGGCAGUCGUAGUGGAGGAACUGAAGAAGACCAGAGUCCAAGCUGCUCCUGUCAGUCAGUGCUAUGCUGGACCUGAAGAUGUGGCCUGUGAUGUGUGCAAGGUGAAAGCCUUUAAAUCCUGUCUGCAGUGUCUGGCUUCUUAUUGCGAGAGACACCUCCAGUCUCACUAUGACGUAGCUCCCUUAAGGAAACAUAAGCUGGUGGAAGCAACUGCAAAGCUUCAGGAGAACAUCUGCUCCCGUCACCAAGAAGUGAUGAAGUUGUUCUGUCGCACUGAUCAGCGUUGCAUCUGUUAUCUCUGUUCGAAGGAUGACCACAAAGGCCAUACCAAAGUCUCAGCUGCAGCAGAAAGAACUGAGAAGCAGAGAGAACUUUGGGUGACUCUGAAAAAAAUCCAGCAGAGGAUCCAGGACAAAGAGAAAGAUGUGAAGUUGUUUCAACAGGAAGAAGAUGCCGUUAAUAACUCUGCCGAAAAUGCACUUAGGAACACUGAGAAGACCCUCACCGAGCUAAUCAGUAUCAUUGAGAGAAGAGUUUCUGAUGUUAGGGAGAAGGUUAAAUCUCGGCAGACAACCGAAGUGGGGCGGUACAGAAAAGUUCGGGAGAAGCUGGAGCAGGAGAUCACUGAGCUGAAGAGGAGAGACACUGAGCUGAAGAAGCUCUCACACACUGAGGAUCACACUCAUUUUUUAUUAAAUUACCCCUCUUUGGCACGUCUCAGUGAGUCUAAAGUCCCACCUAGUUUCAAAGUCCGCAGACUGCGAUACUUUGAGAAGGUUACAGUGGCUCUGUCAGAGGCCAAAGAUAAACUGCAGGAGGUUCUUCGUGAAGAAUAUGUAAAGAUCUCAAAGACAGUAACUGAAGCAGAUGUUUCACCACCAAAUCCACUAGCAGAGCCCACGACCAGAGUGGACUUCUUACAGUACGCACGCCAAGUAACUCUGGAUCCAAACACUGCGAACACACAUCUGUCAAUAUCCAAGGGGAACAGAAAGGCAGCAUACAUGAGAGAAGAACAGAAGUAUUCUGUUCAUCCAGAAAGGUUUCAAAGUUCCUGGCAGGUCCUGAGUCGAGAGAGUCUGACUGGGCGCUGCUACUGGGAAGUGGAGAGGAGCGGGAGAGGAGUUCUGCUAGCAGUUGCAUACAAACAUAUCAGCAGAGAAGGGGACAUGGCUAAAUGCAUGUUUGGACUCAAUGAUAAGUCCUGGGCAUUGGAUUGUUACAUGAAUAGUUUAGAAUUUAGACAUAACAAUGCAAAAACUGCCAUCCCAGAUAUUAAUGGAAAGGAUACAGAUAAAUGGGCCUCAAGGUUAGGAGUGUACCUGGAUCAUGGUGCAGGUAUUCUGUCCUUCUACAGCAUCUCUGAAACCAUGACUCUCCUCCACAGAGUCCAGACCACAUUCACUCAGCCGCUCUAUGCUGGACUUUGGCUUUCAGAAGGAGCUGCUGCUGAGUUGUGUGAGCUCAAGUAGACUGAAGUUAAUGAGGUUAGUUAGCUAACCUCACCACUAACAUAUAGUUAACUAAAAAAAAGUAAAAGUGCUUUAAGAAUUUAACUACUGAUGGGGGUGUAACUGCUCUUACUAUUGGGGAUAUGAAAAGUGUGUAAUAUUUAUUAAUUUACUGUAUUCUUUUGUCUAUGAAAAUGUAUUGUUCAUACAUUUUAAAUAU